UGAACAAAAGAUUUACUAAUUAUCAAACUUCCGUGUCCAAAAGAGAGAAAAGAAAAACAAAAUCAAAAUAAAAAAAGAAACAAAGACGUAUACCUCCCUCCCCCCAUCAAUCGUUAGCCACAAAAACCACUCACCAUCGAACACCCUAACCACCGAUCAUCGUCUUCCUUCACCCCACCUGCUAAACCCUAACACCUUACUUCAACCGUCCAUGGCGACAAGCCUCCCAUGGCACCCUCUCCUCUCCUUAAAAAGCCAACGUUUCCACCCUUCCACCAACAAACGAUUCGUCAGUUCGCCGUUACCUAAUUCAAUCAGAGUACAAGCAUUCAGGCGCAGCGAUUUCGACGGAUUCGCCAAGAAAAUGGCGUCAGGAGAAGCCUGGAAGGACGCUUGGCGCAGCGCUAAUAACGGUUUUGAGCAGCUCGUUUACGAGGCCAGGAAGACGGCUGAACGAAUUGACCGGGAAUAUUCCGUUGGCCGGCGUCUCUCCGCCGUCGCACAGUCGGCAUCUGACCGUGCUAGAGAGCUUGACCGUGAUUAUUUGAUUACGCAACGGUGGCGGACGUUUACUCUGGAUUUCAGUCGGAAUUGGCCUAGGUACAGGAAGAAUUUUAGUGAGUUCAUGGAUACUCCUUUGGGGAAAAGUUUUGGGACUAUCUUCUUUCUAUGGUUUGCGCUUUCUGGAUGGCUGUUCAGAAUUCUGAUAUUUGCAACAUGGGUACUGCCCAUUGCUGGCCCUUUACUUAUUGGUGCCGUUGCAAAUAAUCUUGUCAUUAAGGGUGCAUGUCCUGCUUGUAAGAGACAGUUUGUUGGUUACAAAAACCAGAUGGUGCGCUGUGCUGGCUGUGGAAACAUUGUUUGGCAGCCCAAAGGAGGGGACUUCUUUUCUAGAGGUGGGACCCGCCCUUCUUCGUCUUCAAAAUCUGAUCCGGAGAUAAUAGAUGUCGAGUUUGAAGAGAAAUGACCAAAUGGGUCAUAAAUACUACUAGUAAACAAACCACUGGUUGAUGUCUGUCUAUUUGUUAACCUUCGUUAGGCGUGAUAUAUAUGGUUAUGCAACUAUAAGUUUCUUUAUUGAGUUUAAAAAGUUUUUACCAUCAUGUUUUUAUAA